UGCUCACAUUAAAGGAGUUCCUCUUCCCUUUUUUAUGAAACUGAGCUUGCUUAAUCAGAGAUGGAGCAAACAGACUGCAAACCCUACCAGCCUCUGUCUAAAGUCAAGCAUGAAAUGGAUCUAGCUUAUACCAGUUCUUCUGAUGAGAGUGAAGAUGGAAGAAAACCAAGACAGUCAUACAACUCCAGAGAAACUCUGCAUGAGUAUAACCAAGAACUGAGGAUGAAUUACAAUAGCCAGAAUAGAAAGAGGAAAGAAGUAGAGAAAUCUACUCAAGAGAUGGAAUUCUGUGAAACUCCUCGCACUCUCUGCUCUGGCUACCAGACCGACAUGCACAGUGUCUCUCAGCAUGGCUACCAGCUUGAGAUGGGAUCUGAUGUGGACACAGAGACAGAAGGCGCUGCCUCACCUGACCAUGCACUGAGGAUGUGGAUAAGGGGGAUGAAAUCAGAGCACAGUUCCUGUUUGUCCAGCCGGGCCAACUCUGCAUUGUCCUUGACUGACACUGACCAUGAAAGGAAGUCUGAUGGGGACAAUGGUUUCAAAUUCUCCCCUGUUUGUUGUGACAUGGAGGCUCAAACUGGAUCUACCCAAGACAUGCAGAGCAGCCCACACAACCAGUUCACCUUCAGACCCCUCCCGCCGCCACCGCCACCUCCUCAUGCCUGCACCUGUGCCAGGAAGCCGCCCCCUACAGCGGACUCUCUUCAGAGGAGGUCCAUGACUACCCGCAGCCAGCCCAGCCCAGCUGCUCCAGCUCCUCCAACCAGUACACAGGAUUCGGUUCAUCUGCAUAACACCUGGGUCUUGAACAGCAACAUACCAUUGGAGACCAGACAUUUCCUGUUUAAACAUGGAUCUGGUUCCUCCGCUAUCUUCAGUGCAACCAGUCAGAACUACCCUCUGACGUCCAAUACUGUGUACUCGCCGCCUCCGAGGCCACUUCCUAGAAGCACCUUCUCCAGACCUGCCUUUACCUUUAACAAACCUUAUAGGUGCUGCAAUUGGAAGUGUACAGCCUUGAGUGCCACUGCAAUCACCGUGACUUUGGCCUUGUUACUGGCCUAUGUGAUUGCAGUACAUUUGUUCGGCCUGACUUGGCAGUUGCAACCAGUUGAAGGACAGCUCUAUGAAAAUGGAGUUAGCAAAGGGAACAGAGGGACCGAAUCCAUGGAUACUACUUACUCUCCAAUUGGAGGAAAAGUUUCCGAUAAAUCAGAGAAAAAAGUAUUUCAGAAGGGCCGAGCAAUAGACACUGGAGAAGUUGACAUUGGUGCACAGGUCAUGCAGACCAUUCCUCCUGGCUUAUUCUGGCGUUUCCAGAUUACUAUCCACCAUCCAAUAUAUCUGAAAUUCAAUAUUUCUUUAGCCAAGGACUCUCUGCUGGGAAUUUAUGGCAGAAGAAACAUUCCACCUACACAUACCCAGUUUGAUUUCGUAAAGCUAAUGGAUGGAAAGCAACUGGUGAAGCAAGACUCCAAGGGCUCUGACGAUAGCCAGCAUUCCCCUCGGAACCUGAUCUUAACCUCACUGCAGGAGACAGGCUUCAUAGAGUACAUGGACCAAGGGCCUUGGUAUCUGGCAUUUUACAAUGAUGGCAAAAAGAUGGAACAAGUAUUUGUGUUAACUACAGCAAUUGAAAUAAUGGAUGACUGUUCGACUAAUUGCAAUGGAAAUGGAGAGUGUAUCUCUGGCCAUUGCCAUUGUUUCCCAGGAUUCCUUGGGCCUGACUGUGCUAGAGAUUCGUGCCCUGUGCUAUGUGGUGGGAAUGGAGAAUACGAGAAAGGACACUGUGUCUGCCGAAAUGGCUGGAAGGGGCCAGAGUGCGAUGUUCCAGAAGAACAAUGCAUUGACCCAACGUGCUUUGGUCAUGGCACCUGCAUCAUGGGAGUCUGCAUCUGUGUGCCAGGAUACAAAGGAGAAAUAUGCGAGGAAGAGGACUGCUUAGACCCAAUGUGUUCCAGCCAUGGCAUCUGUGUGAAAGGAGAAUGUCACUGUUCUACUGGUUGGGGUGGAAUCAGUUGUGAAACUCCACUUCCUAUAUGUCAAGAGCAGUGCUCAGGACAUGGCACUUUUAUUCUGGACACUGGAAUGUGCAGCUGUGACCCCAAGUGGACAGGAUCGGACUGCUCAACAGAGCUCUGUACCAUGGAAUGUGGUAGCCAUGGAGUCUGCUCAAGGGGAAUUUGUCAAUGCGAAGAAGGCUGGGUAGGACCAACAUGUGAAGAACGUUCCUGUCAUUCUCACUGUGCUGAGCAUGGCCAAUGUAAAGAUGGAAAAUGUGAGUGUAGCCCUGGAUGGGAGGGCGACCACUGCACAAUUGCUCACUACUUAGAUGCUGUUCGAGAUGGCUGCCCGGGGCUCUGCUUUGGAAAUGGGCGAUGUACCCUGGAUCAAAAUGGUUGGCACUGUGUGUGUCAGGUGGGUUGGAGUGGGACAGGCUGCAAUGUUGUCAUGGAAAUGCUUUGUGGAGAUAACUUGGACAAUGAUGGAGAUGGUUUGACCGACUGUGUGGACCCUGAUUGUUGUCAACAAAGCAACUGUUACAUAAGUCCUCUCUGUCAGGGCUCACCAGACCCUCUUGACCUCAUUCAGCAAAGCCAACCCCUAUUCUCUCAGCAUACUUCAAGACUCUUCUAUGAUCGAAUCAAAUUCCUCAUUGGCAAGGACAGUACUCAUGUCAUUCCUCCAGAGAUUUCAUUCGACAGCAGGCGUGCUUGUGUGAUUCGAGGCCAAGUGGUGGCGGUAGAUGGAACCCCUCUAGUAGGCGUGAAUGUUAGUUUCUUGCACCACAGUGAUUAUGGGUUUACCAUCAGCCGGCAAGAUGGAAGCUUUGACCUCGUUGCCAUCGGUGGUAUCUCUGUCACCUUAAUCUUUGAUCGCUCACCUUUCCUGUCUGAGAAGAGGACACUCUGGUUGCCUUGGAAUCAGUUUAUUGUGGUGGACAAAGUAACCAUGCGGAGAGUUGUAUCAGACCCACCAUCCUGCGAUAUCUCCAACUUUGUCAGCCCAAACCCUAUUGUGCUUCCUUCACCGCUCACAUCAUUUGGAGGGUCUUGUCCAGAGAGGGGAACUAUUGUUCCUGAGCUGCAGGUUGUACAGGAGGAGAUCCCCAUUCCUUCCAGCUUUGUGAGGCUCAGUUACCUGAGCAGCCGCACCCCCGGGUAUAAAACACUGCUACGGAUCCUUCUAACACAUUCAACCAUUCCCAUGGGUAUGGUUAAAGUACACCUCACAGUAGCUGUGGAGGGGCGACUCACCCACAAGUGGUUUCCUGCUGCAGCUAAUCUCGUCUACACAUUUGCUUGGAACAAGACAGACAUCUAUGGACAGAAGGUUUGGGGCCUGGCAGAGGCCUUGGUAUCUGUGGGAUAUGAAUAUGAAACCUGCCCUGACUUUAUUCUCUGGGAGAAAAGGACAGUCAUCUUACAAGGUUUUGAGAUGGAUGCUUCUAACCUAGGAGGCUGGUCAUUAAAUAAGCAUCAUAUUUUCAAUCCUCAAAGUGGAAUCAUACAUAAAGGGAACGGAGAAAAUAUGUUUAUUUCCCAGCAGCCCCCAGUCAUAUCAACUAUAAUGGGUAAUGGACACCAACGGAGUGUAGCCUGCACCAACUGCAAUGGCCCAGCCCAUAACAACAAACUCUUUGCUCCUGUUGCCUUAGCUUCUGGCCCUGAUGGUAGUGUGUAUGUUGGCGACUUCAAUUUUGUAAGGCGAAUAUUUCCCUCAGGAAACUCUGUUGGUAUUUUGGAAUUAAGAAACAGAGACACCAGACAUAGCACAAGUCCUGCUCACAAAUACUAUCUGGCUAUGGACCCUAUGUCUGAAUCACUUUAUCUAUCAGACACCAAUACUCGAAAAGUCUACAAGUUGAAAUCUCUUGUGGAAACAAAAGAUCUGACUAAGAAUUUUGAAGUGGUGGCAGGAACAGGUGAUCAGUGCCUUCCGUUUGACCAGAGUCAUUGUGGAGAUGGUGGGAGAGCAUCGGAAGCUUCACUGAACAGCCCUCGAGGCAUCACAGUUGAUAGGCAUGGAUUCAUUUACUUUGUGGAUGGGACUAUGAUUCGGAAAAUUGAUGAAAAUGCUGUGAUCUCCACUGUAAUCGGCUCAAAUGGUCUGACUUCCACACAGCCACUGAGCUGUGACUCAGGAAUGGACAUCACUCAGGUGCGGUUAGAGUGGCCAACAGACCUUGCAGUCAAUCCCAUGGACAAUUCAUUGUAUGUCUUAGAUAACAAUAUUGUGCUGCAAAUUUCUGAGAACAGGCGCGUGCGGAUCAUUGCAGGGCGCCCCAUUCACUGCCAGGUGCCAGGUAUCGAUCAUUUCUUGGUCAGCAAGGUGGCAAUUCACUCCACUCUGGAGUCAGCGAGGGCCAUCAGUGUCUCCCACAGCGGCCUGCUCUUCAUAGCUGAAACAGAUGAGAGGAAAGUAAACCGCAUUCAGCAAGUUACCACCAAUGGGGAGAUCUCCAUCAUGGCCGGUGCCCCCACUGACUGUGAUUGCAAAAUUGAUCCCAACUGUGACUGUUUUUCAGGUGAUGGUGGCUAUGCCAAAGAUGCAAAGAUGAAAGCCCCUUCCUCUUUAGCAGUGUCACCUGAUGGCACCCUCUAUGUGGCUGACCUUGGGAACGUUCGAAUUCGAACCAUUAGUAGGAACCAAGCCCACCUGAAUGACAUGAACCUUUAUGAGAUUGCUUCACCUGCUGAUCAGGAACUCUACCAGUUCACCGUCAAUGGAACCCACCUGCACACCUUGAACUUGAUAACAAGGGACUAUGUGUAUAAUUUCACCUACAAUGCUGAAGGUGACUUGGGCGCCAUUACCAGUAGCAAUGGCAACUCUGUGCAUAUUCGCAGGGAUGCAGGCGGAAUGCCCCUUUGGCUUGUAGUGCCUGGCGGGCAGGUGUACUGGCUGACCAUAAGCAGCAAUGGAGUUCUGAAAAGAGUAUCAGCCCAAGGCUAUAACCUGGCCUUGAUGACCUAUCCAGGAAACACUGGGCUUCUGGCUACCAAAAGUAAUGAAAAUGGAUGGACAACCGUUUAUGAGUAUGACCUCGAGGGACAUCUGACCAAUGCCACAUUUCCCACUGGAGAAGUCAGCAGCUUCCACAGUGACCUGGAGAAGCUGACAAAAGUGGAGCUGGAUACUUCCAACCAUGAAAAUGUCCUCAUGUCAACCAACUUGACAGCAACUACUACCAUCUAUAUUUUAAAACAAGAAAAUACCCAAAGUACAUAUCGGGUGAAUCCAGAUGGCUCCCUACGUGUCACCUUUGCCAGUGGGAUGGAGAUCAGCCUCAGCUCAGAGCCUCACAUCCUGGCCGGGGCAGUCAACCCCACCCUGGGCAAAUGCAACAUCUCACUGCCCGGAGAGCACAACGCAAACCUCAUCGAGUGGCGGCAGCGGAAGGAGCAAAACAAAGGCAAUGUUUCAGCUUUUGAAAGGAGACUGAGGGCCCAUAACAGAAACCUGCUGUCCAUAGAUUUUGAUCAUAUAACACGCACAGGAAAGAUCUAUGAUGACCAUCGGAAAUUCACCCUUCGAAUUCUUUAUGACCAAACUGGACGACCUGUUCUGUGGUCUCCUGUAAGCAGAUAUAAUGAAGUGAACAUCACGUAUUCACCUUCAGGACUGGUGACGUUUAUUCAAAGGGGGAUGUGGAAUGAAAAAAUGGAAUAUGACCAGAGUGGAAAAAUAAUUUCAAGAACUUGGGCUGAUGGGAAAAUUUGGAGCUAUACCUACUUAGAAAAGUCCGUGAUGCUUCUCUUACACAGCCAGCGGCGUUACAUCUUUGAGUAUGACCAAUCGGAUUGUCUGCUCUCGGUCACCAUGCCUAGUAUGGUGCGCCACAGCUUACAAACCAUGCUUUCAGUGAGCUACUACCGGAAUAUCUACACCCCACCGGACAGUAGCACUUCUUUUAUCCAAGACUAUAGUCGAGAUGGCCGACUGCUACAGACCCUGCAUGUGGGGACAGGGCGAAGAGUUUUGUACAAGUACACCAAGCAAGCAAGGCUGUCUGAGAUUCUCUAUGAUACCACUCAGGUCACAUUAACAUAUGAAGAGUCUUCUGGAGUGAUUAAGACAAUACACCUGAUGCACGAUGGCUUCAUUUGCACAAUCAGAUACAGGCAAACAGGACCUCUUAUUGGACGCCAGAUUUUCCGAUUCAGUGAAGAAGGUCUUGUGAAUGCUCGGUUUGACUACAGCUACAACAACUUCCGCGUCACCAGCAUGCAAGCUGUGAUAAAUGAAACCCCUUUGCCCAUAGACCUGUACCGAUAUGUUGAUGUCUCUGGUAGAACAGAGCAGUUUGGAAAAUUUAGUGUGAUCAAUUAUGACUUAAAUCAGGUCAUAACUACUACAGUGAUGAAGCACACCAAAAUUUUCAGUGCCAAUGGCCAAGUUAUUGAAGUCCAAUAUGAAAUCCUAAAGGCAAUUGCCUACUGGAUGACUAUUCAAUAUGAUAAUAUGGGCCGAAUGGUAAUAUGUGAUAUAAGAGUAGGAGUAGAUGCCAAUAUAACAAGAUAUUUCUAUGAAUACGAUGCUGAUGGACAACUUCAAACUGUUUCUGUAAAUGAUAAAACCCAGUGGCGUUAUAGUUAUGAUCUGAAUGGCAACAUCAACCUUUUAAGCCAUGGGAAUAGUGCUCGUCUUACUCCUCUCCGAUAUGACCUCCGGGAUCGCAUCACCAGACUAGGAGAAAUUCAGUAUAAAAUGGAUGAAGAUGGCUUUCUGAGGCAGAGGGGAAAUGAUAUCUUUGAAUAUAAUUCUAACGGUCUGCUGCAGAAAGCCUACAAUAAGGCUUCUGGCUGGAGUGUGCAGUAUUACUAUGACGGGCUUGGACGACGUGUUGCCAGUAAGUCCAGCCUAGGACAGCACCUCCAGUUCUUCUAUGCGGACCUUGCCAACCCCAUAAGAGUUACUCAUUUGUACAACCACACAAGCUCAGAGAUUACAUCCCUGUAUUAUGAUCUCCAAGGUCACCUUAUUGCCAUGGAGCUAAGCAGUGGUGAAGAAUAUUAUGUAGCCUGCGAUAAUACAGGCACCCCACUGGCUGUGUUCAGCAGUCGAGGUCAGGUGAUAAAAGAGAUAUUGUACACGCCCUAUGGAGAUAUCUAUCAUGACACUUACCCUGACUUUCAGGUCAUCAUUGGUUUUCAUGGAGGACUCUAUGAUUUCCUUACUAAAUUAGUGCACCUGGGGCAAAGGGAUUAUGAUGUUGUUGCUGGUAGAUGGACGACGCCUAAUCAUCACAUAUGGAAACAGUUGAACCUCCUUCCUAAACCAUUCAACCUCUACUCUUUUGAAAAUAACUACCCGGUUGGCAAAAUUCAAGAUGUUGCAAAGUAUACCACAGACAUUGGCAGUUGGUUGGAGCUAUUUGGUUUCCAGCUACACAAUGUACUACCUGGAUUUCCCAAACCAGAGUUAGAAAAUUUGGAAUUAACUUAUGAGCUUCUACAGCUUCAGACAAAAACUCAAGAGUGGGAUCCUGGAAAGACUAUCUUGGGUAUUCAGUGUGAGCUCCAGAAACAGCUCAGGAAUUUCAUUUCCUUGGACCAACUUCCCAUGACUCCCCGAUACAAUGAUGGACGAUGCCUUGAAGGAGGGAAGCAACCAAGGUUCGCCUCUGUUCCUUCUGUUUUUGGAAAAGGUAUAAAAUUCGCCAUCAAGGAUGGCAUAGUGACAGCCGAUAUUAUAGGAGUAGCCAAUGAAGAUAGCAGGCGGCUUGCUGCCAUUCUCAAUAAUGCUCAUUACCUGGAAAACCUACAUUUUACCAUUGAUGGGAGGGACACUCACUACUUCAUUAAGCUUGGCUCUCUGGAGGAAGACCUGGUGCUCAUCGGUAACACUGGGGGGAGGCGGAUUCUAGAGAAUGGUGUCAAUGUCACUGUGUCCCAGAUGACGUCUGUGUUGAAUGGGAGGACUAGACGGUUUGCAGAUAUCCAGCUCCAGCACGGGGCUCUGUGCUUCAACAUCCGGUAUGGGACAACGGUCGAAGAGGAAAAGAAUCAUGUGUUGGAGAUUGCCAGACAGCGCGCUGUGGCCCAGGCCUGGACUAAGGAACAAAGAAGGUUGCAAGAAGGGGAAGAGGGUAUUCGGGCAUGGACAGAGGGGGAAAAGCAGCAGCUUUUGAGCACCGGGAGGGUACAAGGUUAUGAUGGGUAUUUUGUUUUGUCUGUUGAGCAGUAUUUAGAACUCUCUGACAGUGCCAACAAUAUUCACUUUAUGAGACAGAGUGAAAUAGGCAGGAGGUAACAAAAAAAAUCUCUGCCUUUGCGUCACCAA